UUGCAAAACUGUUUGGACUAAUGAUUACACCCCUGGCUCCUUGAUCCAACGCUGGACGGGAAUUUUCAUUGCUUCAUUUUUGUUGUUGGAUCACUUGUCGCAUAGGAAGUGUUACUUUCCACAGUGAAACAUUUUACCACCGCUCGCGUUGGGCUCGAGUUGAUCGAGAAUGGGGAUUCAACAGCAUCCGAUCCUCUCUUCCUGUCAGGGGGGGUUUUGUACACCGGCUUUUGAUCGUUCCAAGAAAUCAACAGUAGAAACAAGUUUCACACGACCAAGAUAACACAUGGAUGACCUGGAUGCUGUCAGAAGACUGUCUCCCCGGUCUGCUCCUCCUCCUGAGGACUCGGUGUCCCUCUCCACGUCCUCCACAGACACCAUCAACUUGGAAGAUGGCCACUACUCUGCCCUGCGAGCGGAGCUGGAGGCUGAUGCUCGGGACUUGGAGGCAGAGUCCUGGAGUGUUGCUGUGGACCAGCAGCACAUAAACAGCCUCCACCAAGACGCUGUAAAGAGGCAAGAUGUCAUCUACGAGUUGAUCCAGACAGAGGUGCAUCAUGUGCGGACCCUGAAGCUGCUGCUGAGUGUUUACCAGUAUGAGCUGAGACACAGCCUACAUAUGGAGGAUACUAGGCUUGAGAGGAUGUUCCCUCAGAUCGACAGCCUGCUGCACAUCCACCAACACUUCCUUUGGUGUCUCAGGGACGGCCGGGACAGACACAACCACCACACUGUCACACAGCUGGGAGAUAUACUCAUCAACCAGUUUUCAGGUGAGAUGGGGGAGAGGAUGAAGGAGAAUUACGGCGUGUUCUGUAGUCACCACACGGACGCUGUCAGUCUCUACAAGGAACAGCUACAGAACAACAAAAAGUUCCAGAACUUGAUUAUGAAAAUCGGUCGGUUGUCCAUCGUUCGGAGGUUAGGAGUACCAGAAUGCAUCCUGUUGGUGACUCAGCGGAUCACAAAGUACCCCGUCCUGGUGGAACGCAUUCUACUGAACACUGAAGCCGACAGUGAGGAGCACGGUGCCCUGGUCCAGGCCCUGGUUCUGAUCAAAGAGACCAUCUCUGCUGUGGACUCCCAGGUCCAUGACUAUGAGAGGGCCUCCAGGCUGAGAGACAUAGGCGGCAGGCUGGAGCCUCGUUCCCAUGGCCGGUGGAAGGACGGCAGGGUGUUCACGAGAGAGGAUCUGGCUGAGGGCCUCAGAACCCUGCUCCACGAGGGGACGGUCAACUGUCGGGUGGCAAACGGACGGCUCAAAGACAUCCACGCUGUUCUGUUGUCAGAUGUCCUGCUGCUGUUACAAAAGGAAAAGGAUCAGAAACUCAUAUUUGCUAAUGUGGACAACAAGACGUCGGUGAUCUCCCUCCAGAUGCUGAUCGUCAGGGAGAUGGCCCAUGAGGACAAGGCUAUGUUCCUGAUCAGUGCUUCGUCCAGCAUGCCAGAGAUGUACGAGAUACACACCUCCUCCAAAGAGGAAUGCAACGCCUGGAUGAGCCUUAUACGAGACGCUGUCAACAGUUGUCCAGUAAUGGAGGAGCAGCUGAGCAAUGAGCAGGAGGAGGCCAGGCUAGCCAGGCUCAGAGACUUCAAAGAGCGUCUGUAUGUGAAGGAUUCCCAGAUCAUGCAGAGCCUGACAGAGAAGCUGCAGAUGUUUGCUGAAAUGGUGGAGGCUGUAACAGGGAUGGAGGAUGGAGCUGCCCACUCCUGUCUGCUGCUCCGCGGUGAUGCCUCAGAACUCCAGCAGGGGGAGACACUGCUCAAGGGAGCCAUCACUGAGGUGGAGAAUCUACAGAACCUUCUCCUGUCCGGUGUGACUGUGCGAGAUCCCCACCCCCAUCCAGAGGACAGCCUGGGACCAGGGAGGUUCAGUUUGAGGCCAGAAGUGGUACGGCUUUAUCUAGGAGGGCUAGGCCUUGGGCGGCUGGGGAACCUGUCGGUGCAUAGGAGAGCUGAGACCUUUGGAGGUUACGACUGCAACCCUCCCACCCCCAUCAAGAAUGUGGAGGGACGACCUCAACGUUCAAACUCUGACCCCCAGCUACAUGACCUUGACCAAUCAGAGAGCCUGGAACUGUCGUUCUUUUACACCGUGCUGACGCUCUCACAUAGGCUCUACGGUCUGCAGGCCAUCGUCUCCCAGCAGGACAGCCACAUUGAGCUCCAGCGUGCCUCUCAUUUGGUGCGUGAGCGUCCGGUUCGCAACCGAGGCAACAUGCUCCUGGAGCAGGAGAAACAACGUAACCUGGAGAAACAGAGAGAAGAGGUGGCCAACUUCCACAAGCUGCAGACACAGCACCGUCAAAACCAGGCUCGCUGGGAGAAGGAGCGGGAGCGUCACCGGCUGCAGGCGGAGGUCCUAGAGGCGGAGCUAAGACAGAGAGAGGAGGAGUGUAGGAGACUGGAGAAGAAACUAGAGAUGGAGAGAGAGGAGCUGGAGAGACAGAGAGAGACAUACCAACAGGAUCUGGAGAGGCUGAGGGAGUCAAUGAGGACGGUGGAAAAACAGAAGGAGCACCUCAAUACACAGAUGAAGUUGAAGCAGAACAAGACCGUCACCAACCCUGGGAGUUUUAACUUCAAAGCUCAGCAGGCUCCCCUCUCCCAGUCCUUCCGAGUGGAUCCUCCCCUCCUCUCCCAGUCCUUCCGAGGGGAUCCUCCCCUCCUCUCCCAGUCCUUCCGAGGGGAUCCUCCCCUCCUCUCCCAGUCCUUCCGAGGGGAUCCUCCCCUCCUCUCCCAGUCCUUCCGAGGGGAUCCUCCCCUCCUCUCCCAGUCCUUCCGAGGGGAUCCUCCCCUCCUCUCCCAGUCCUUCCGAGGGGAUCCUCCCCUCCUCUCCCAGUCUUUCCGAGGGGAUCCUUCCCUCUCCCAGUCUUUCCGAGGGGAUCUUCCCCUCUCCCAGUCCUUCCGAGGGGAUCCUCCCCUCCUCUCCCAGUCCUUCCGAGGGGACCUGACAGCUGAUUGGAUGAAGGGAAGAGAGGUGAUCCAGAUCCCCAAGGUCCUUGUCCCCCCCAGCCUCUCUGUAGCCACCAACAUUUUCCUGGAGCAGCCCCCGGAGGUGCCCCCUCGCAGGGAGAGCAUCAGCCCCGGGCCCCCUAAACCGGAGUUCCCCAUCCACCUGAUCAGCACAACCAACCAGGUGGUUCACAAACCAGGGGCCGUGCAACAGCAGAUACCCACCAAGCUGGCUGUCCUUGGUAACAAGGGCAAGGAGAAGAGCAGUAAGAAGAGGUCCCACCACAAGCGCAAUCACAGCGCAGCGUCCAUAGAAAUGUCUCAGGUGGUGCCGAUCAGAGUGACAGGAAAUCAGAGUCUGAGAGGGAAGAAGACUGUGAGCCCACAGAGAAACUACCAAUCAGAUGAUUUCUUCAGUCCUCCAGAGCCCCUGUCCAGCGCUAAGCCCUCCCAGACCCUGUCGUCCAGCAGCAGCAUGAGGACCAAUAACCAGAGCCACGUCCCUCCACCCAAACCUCCACCUCCCCCUCCACCCUUCCCCAAAGACAUAGCAAGCAAACCAACCAAGGAACACGUUAUCUACCUGUAAGGACACAGGGCGACACCAAAACCCUAUAAGCCAGGGCUCUGAAACUGGCGGCCCAUGUACUAAAACCGGCCCACGAGUGAUUUAUAUGUGGCCCGCCAAAGCUCUGUCCACAGUAAAGAUUAUAGAUUUUUUUUUUUUACUGAUUGGGCUUUCUAAUUGCUGGUACUGUUCCUGUUGAAUUUCCAAAUUUCCAAAAUUAAUUUCUAUUGUUUGGAUGAGUGCUUGUCUCUAAACUCUCUCUGCACUCAAGUCUUUAUGUUUUUAAGCCUUUUAAAGAUGAUUUAAAUUCAUGUUAGGAAGCUGGUUAUUACUUUGAAUUGUUUACAGGUCUGAGGUGCCAAGCACGUUACUUCAGAGCGCAUUAGAAACUCUUUUAAAUCUGAUUUGACCUGUUCCUCGUUUUGUAUUUCUUCAUGUCAUAGAAUGUAUGGAAGUAAAUGUUCAUUUAGCUGUGAGGUGUAAAACUGACCAGUUUACCAGACGCAGAUUAAGUUUAGUCCAGGACUAAAAAAAGAUUCUCAAUUGAGAUUCUCCCAGUUUAAUUUUUUUUUUUUUUUUUUGUCCAAGACUAGGCUUAAUCUGUGUCUGGGAAAUGGGCCCUUAUGGUAUGGGAAUUAUGGUGUAUUUUAACACUGUGAAUAAUAAUGACUACUGUACUAAAUUAUGCCAAUUCUACUGUGGUUUAUGCCAUUUUGUGAUUUUUGUUAUGAAGUUUACAGGAGAGGGUUUCAUGACAUUUUGUCAGCAUUUCGUCAGACAGCUUCUCCACACCCAUAUCAACAUGGAUUGUUGUCAGUCAAGUUUUAGAUUAGUUUUACGACAGGAAAGUUUGUGUGUGAGAGUGAAAUGUUAGAACUAUCGUAUGUGUGUACUUUGAACAAGAGGCAAAGCGUUUUGCCAGAUGGUUUUCUUCAUUGUGUAACUGUCAAAAGGUUAUGUUCUGGGAACCAAGGAACUUUUUGAACAAUGUUCUAUCGGGAAGAUGUUCUGUUCUGUUCAUGGUUACACAGUUUCCAGUGAACACAGUCUGGGAAUAGAAUUAGAACACGUAUGACAAAACAAUUGUUUUUACUGCUUCUAAUUACGUCGGUAUUAUCUUCAAAAUGGAAUCUCCCUAUAACACAUGUUCUAUUGUUUCUACUAUGCUGUUGUUACUUAUAACCUGGGUGAUUCCAGCCCUGAAUGCUGAUUGGCUGAUAUAGCCGUGGUAUAUCACACUGUGUGCCACGGGUAUGACGAAACAUUUGUUUUUACUGCUCUAAUUACGUCGGUAACCAGUUUAUAAUAGCAAUAAGGCACCUCUGGGGUUUGUGGUAUAUUGCCAAUAUACCACGGCUAAGGGCUGUGUCCAGGUACUCCGCGUUGCGUCGUUCGUAAGAACAGCCCUUAGCCGUGGUAUAUUGGCCAUAUACCACACCUCCUCUGGCCUUAUUGCUUAAAUAUAUAUAUUUAUAUAUAUAUAUAUAUAUAUAUAUAUAUAUAUAUAUAUAUAUAUGGUCUGGACAUUCUGCUGUGAUGUUGAUGUCCUGGUGAACUAUUGCGGUUCCCAUCCACAGCCGAUGGGAGGAAUAAAACAUCAUUCUGAUGCCUGUAAUCAGCCUCGCCUGUUUGUUUCUAGAAGGGCUCAGUCAAGUCAGGCCGGGAUUCUAUCCAAUAGUUUCCUUUAAAAUCUGCAUUGGCGUAAUCGGAUUGAAUCCCCGGCCUCAAUGUCACCUCCGCAUGACUCACUUCCUCCCAUCCCAUGUCCAGUCUGAAAUAGCAGUGAACCAGAGCAAGGACAAAGCAGUUCUGUCGUCCCCCACCAGAAUAGAACAGUGACCUGUAAUAGUUAGUCGUGUAUGUUUUGCCUCCAGUUCAGCCCCUCAAUGGAUGAAUCCCAAUUGUAUUUCCUUGAUUCCUUUCAUCCUCUCGCUUCAAAACACUUGGAUGAGGUCAGAGGUCAAAACCCCUCUGACCAGCAACCUCAGAAUUAUAGUCACCAUUCUUCUGUUGCUAAUAUAAAACAUUCAGUUGGUGGUAUAUGACCUGGCAGUAGCUUGAGUUCUGAAUGGAGAGUCUGUCUGACUGGGAGAGUCACUCCAGGAGCCGGUGGAGACUUGAUGCCCUGUCACUUCCUGGUUGCCUGGUCCUGGUUGCCAGGUCCUGGUUGCCAGGUCCUGGUUGCCAGGUCCUGGUUGCCAGGUCCUGGUUGCCUGGUCCUGGUUGCCUGGUCCUGGUUGCCUGGUCCUGCCCGUUAGCGCUGAUAAAGUCUCCUCUGGCUCCCAGAGUGACUCUCCCAGUCAGACAGACUCUCCAUUCAGAACUGAUGAUUCACACAGCACCUUGGCUCUCAUCUCAUCAGCAAGGCAGGCACACAUUGUGGAGAGAAGGCUAGAGAGUCUGACUGCUGUGAGAGUGUAAUUUGAGACGGGGCCAGAAUGAAAAGGGUCAUUCAUAUUCAGUUGCAGUACAACUCUUGCUACUGCCAGGUCAUAUACCACCAACUGAAUGUUUUAUAUUAGCAACAGAAGAAGAAUGGUGACUAUAUUUCUGAGGUUGGCAAUGAUGAAGCCAUGUUGAGGAUGAAAUGAAUUGUUUAUUUAUUUUGGCGUAUUCCUCCUCAGAUGUUUAAAAACCACCUGGUGACGUCAUCAAAUAACCCUGGUGAAUAUCUCAUCUCAUUGGCUGCAAAAUAGUGUGCAGAUGAAUCUGACAAGGCACUCUCCCUGACCAACCAGCUUCUUCCGUCAAGACUCUUGACGACUUAUCUCUAACCCCUAUCCUUUGACCUCUAGCAGACUGUUAAAAUAGUGGUGUUCCUCUGCUAAUAUGUUGGUGACACAUGCCAGAUCUUAGGUAUAGGUAUUUUAUGCAUCAGCUAACCGCAUGUUAUAGCAAUCUGGUGCCCGACGGCACAGUCGAUGACUGUUGGAGGAAAUUAUAGUUGAAAUGAUUAAUAAUGUAUGCAUUUCAAUUAGAACCAUUUAUUCUAAUACUAUUAUGUUAUGGUAUGAAAUGUAUGGGUUCUUGGUUAAGCUGUUACUGAAAAUGUAAGGAAAACAAAUUAAUUGUCUGUACCUUGCGGGAGGUUUAAGGGAGAGGGAUGAUAUAUCUUUUCUGACAGAUAAGAAUGGUCCUUGAUAUUCCAUUAGUGGAGGAGAAGAUAUAUUUUAGACAGAUUGGAAUGUCUGGUUUAUGAGGGGAGUAGAAGACAUCUCCAGACCUGAAAACACUGUGCUAUUGUGUGGAUCGGAGAGAGUGAGAAACUGAUGAUGUCAUUUCAUGUCCUCUCUUUAAAUGUAAGGUUCGUUGUAUUUUUAGUUAGUACUCUCUUGAAUUAAACACUGUUACCUGGCUUUUAA